AUGGUGCGCAGAAUUGGUAUUGAGCAGGGCUGGGAGUUCAAGCAGGCGAGCUCCUUGAACAACGGCACCGCCGCGACUUAUUUACCUGUCGGGCAAUUUCCCACUGUGGCUCACAUUGACCUACUAUUUCACAAACUCAUCCCGGACCCAUACAUCGACAUCAACGAGCUCAAGUGCCUUUGGGUUAACGAUGCGGACUGGACCUAUCGUACCCAGAAGAUCGACCCAGUUGACGUCGGACCAUCGGAACGAGUAAUCUUGGUGUUCGAAGGUCUUGAUACCGUGGUUGAUGUGUACCUCAACGACGAACACAUCUUGUAUAGUAACAACAUGCACAUCACUCACCGGGUUGACGUUACCGAAGCUCUUCGUGGCAGAACGGACUAUUCGGUCCUUGAACUCAGAUUCAAGGCAGCUCCAGCAUAUGCUCGCUCAGAACGCGAGCGCAUUGGGUACAAGACCACAAAGACCGGUAGAGGAGUUAACUUUGGUGGUUCUGAGCGACUCUUCGUCAGGAAAGCUCAAUACCAUUGGGGUUGGGAUUGGGGCCCAGCUGUGAAUACUUGCGGGCCCUGGAAACCUAUCUAUCUGGAGAUAUUUGAGUCGAGAAUCGAUGAUCUUUGGGUGACUCAAGAUGUCGACGAUGAUCUCUCCUCUGUCGUUGUUACACUCAGAGGAAAGAUUGAGAAUCCUGGCAGCAUUGAUAAGGUUCGAGUGCAAUUAUCAGACGACAAAGGACACACUGUGGCCGAGACAAUGAUUGAAGUAUCAUCUGAAAGCGCUUUCCAUGGCAAGCUCAAGCUUGACAACCCAAAAUUGUGGUACCCGUUCUUGUAUGGCGAGCAGCAUCUCUACCUUGUGGAAGUUUCAAUUCCCGGUCAUACAUGGAGCCAGAAACUCGGCGUAAGGAAACUACGCCUGUUACAACAUUCUCUUCAAGACCAACCAGGAACGUCAUUUGUUUUUGAGCUUAACAACAUCCGCCUUUUCUGCGGGGGUUCGUGCUGGAUCCCUGCAGACUUCAUGCUCCCACGGAUCUCGAGAGAUAAAUAUGAGAAGUGGAUUGCGUUUGCGAAAGCAGGAAACCAAUCCAUGAUACGCGUUUGGGGCGGCGGCAUUGUCGAAAGCGAUGAGUUCUAUGACAUCUGCGACCGCGAAGGGGUUUUGGUCUGGCAGGACUUCUUGUACGCCUGCGGGAACUAUCCUGCACCACCCGAUUUCGUUGCAAAUAUCAAAGUCGAAGCAGAACAGCAGGUGAAGCGCGUUGGACACCAUGCUUCGCUUGCUCUAUGGUGUGGUAAUAAUGAGGACUACAUGUGCGCCGACGGCGAUCGUUGUUGGGAGGUUGACUACAGCGACACGACCGGUCCAUGGGACAAGACUACAUUUCCAGCACGAGAGAUAUACGAGCGAACGUUACCUGCUGUCAUCAAUGCUUCUGAGACUGAUGUCCCCUACUGGAUAAGUUCUCCAUAUGGUGGUAGCUUCUCCAACGACACGACUGUUGGCGAUACGCAUUGCUGGGACAUCUGGCACGGCAAACUGUCACCAUACCAGGACUACAAAGCGUACACGUCCCGUUUUAUUUCAGAGUUUGGGUUCGAAUCAGCUCCUAGCCUUCGCAGCUUACAUCGUGCCAUCACAUCCCCAAAAGAACGCCAUUCGCAAUCUCGUACUUUUGACGUACAUGACAAAGGUCCAGGCCAUCAGAGACGAUACCCAAUGUACAUGGGCGAGAACUACCGCUUCCGGAUGAACCCACUCAAAGACUUUGUUUACUGCACGCAGUUUCUCCAAGCCGAAGCAAUGGCAUAUGCUUACAACUGUUGGCGACGUGAGUUUAGAGGCCCUGGCCAAGAGAACUGUGGUGGAGUCUUGGUCUGGCAGCUCAAUGAUAUUUGGCCCGGAGUGAGCUGGGCACUCAUCGAUGUCGACAUGAACCCAAAGCCAGCGUACUACAUCACGAAGAGAGCAUUAGCCAAGACAGUGGUAGGGGCAGAGCGCAUUGUUACCGCAAAGCCACCUUACAUCACUACUGGCUAUCCUGACGAGAAGUCGAAGCUCGACGUGUGGGCUGUGAACGGCGAGCUUCAUGAGCGAACAGUUGUCCUUGACUUGGAGGCAUAUGAUAUAGAAAGCGGAAAGGCAGUUGAAUGGACCACGCCUUACGAAGAGAAGGAAUACAUCCUGAAAGCAAACCAAACCACAGAGCUUGUGGCAAACAUAGAGAUUCCCAACCAUGAUGAAACUGUGGUUGUCGCGUAUCUGUAUGACACUGUGUCAGGGACGAUGCUCGCAAGAUGGGUCAGCUGGCCAGAACCGCUUAAGUUCUUGCAAAUGUCAUCUGAGCUAAAGGUAUCUGCUGAGAUAGUGGAAAAUGGGCGUGCGGUUGUCAUUGAGGCUAAUGCUCCGGCUAAAGGAGUCGUUCUCAGUGGUACAGAUGGGAACGGUGAGGCGGUGGUUUUCGAGGAUAACUUUAUCGAUCUGGUGCCGGGUGAAGAGAUCAGGGUUGGUAUCAGAGGGCUAGCAGGUGAUCAUGUCGAUGUCAGGUUCUUGUAUGACUGGGAACUAGAGCCUGGAUUUAAGCUCUAG